CAGACUGACGAUGGCCGAAGCCCAGCUGUUUGUAUCACAGGACGAGUUCACCUGCUUGGUGUGUCUGAACACCCUGACUGACCCUGUUGCCAUUCCCUGUGGUCACAGUUUCUGUCUAAAGUGCAUCAUGGACUGCUGGGAUCAGAGUCAACUGCUCAGCUGUCCUCAGUGCAGAGAGAACUUCACAACAAGGCCUACAUUUCGAAGAAACUCUCUGCUUUCUCUCAAGAAAUUCAAGAAGACAGGACUCAGUUCUCCUCCAUCUCAGAAUUAUGCUGGUCCUGGAGAUGUGGAGUGUGACUUCUGUACUGAGAAGAAGUUGAGAGCAGUAAUGUCGUGUCUGACCUGCCCGGCCUCCUACUGUCAGACUCAUCUGCAGCCUCAGUAUGAAGUAGCAGCCUGGAAGGACCACAAGCUGGUUGAUCCUGAUAGAAAUCUAAAGGAGAAACUCUGUGAGAAACAUCAGAAAAGUCUGGAAAUAUUUUGUGAAACUGAUGACACGUGUAUCUGCAUGAUGUGUGGAGUGACUGAACAUAAUGAUCAUAAAUUGGUCAAGCUGGAGACAGAAAGAGAAGAAAAAAAGAACAACGAGCACCUGGAGCACUUCGGGGUGCCUUAUAAAGGAGCAAUCAACCACUACUCGGAGAGCCAGAGUCGGGAGGAUGGAGAUGAAGCUUGA